AUGGGUCAGAGCAGACCUCCAUCGCAGGAUGGAAAUGAUGGUAUCGAGGCAGUGGAUGCCCAGCAAACGUCGAUCGAGCUACAACAGAAAGACAAGCAGGAUGUGAAGGCCAAAGAGGACAUUUCGCAUGUCGAACGUGUUUUAUCACCCACCGAUGACGAUGAUCUGAGGAAAGAAGACAUGGACUUCGACCGUGUCGAUAAGGAAAUUCAGAUGUAUGUUGGCCGGGGCGCAGUCGAGAUCGAUGAAGCCACCAACGCACGCCUGAAGAAGUUGAUUGAUCGCCGCGUGCUGGUCAUCAUGAUCCUGACUUAUUUCCUCCAAGCACUGGAUAAGGGAACCAUGUCUUUCGCCUCGAUCAUGGGAAUCAAGGAGGAUGCAGGUCUUGAGAAUGGUCAAAAGUAUUCCUGGCUUACGACCUGUAUCUACAUCGCUGUCCUGGUUGUCGAGUACCCCACCAAUUGGAUUAUCCAACGUGUUCCUAUUGCCAAAUAUCUUGGAAUCAACAUCUGCAUCUGGGGUGCAAUUCUAGCCAUGCAUGCUGCCUGCCACAACUUUGCCGGGCUGGUCGUCGUGCGUACGUUGCUGGGUAUUUUCGAGGCAUGCUGCCAGCCCACCUUCGUCCUUCUUUCGUCCAUGUGGUACAAACGUGAAGAGCAAGCGGCUACCGUCACUUACUGGUAUAUGAUGAACGGUGCCCAGCAGAUUGUUGGCGGUCUCCUCGCUUAUUGCUUUACCCUCAUCGGAGGCGACAAGGUCAUCAAGUCAUGGCAAGCGAUCUUUCUCACUUACGGAUGCAUAUCUGUGCUUUGGGGCCUCUUUGUUAUCUGGUGGAUGCCCGAUUCACCCAUGAGGGCUAAGUGCUUCAGCGAAGAGGAUAAGCACCUCAUGGUUGAGCGCAUUCGUUCAAACCAGACCGGUCUCCAGAACAGAAAAUUUCGAUCUUACCAGAUGUGGGAAGCCUUUAAGGACCCCCAGACAUGGUGCUACUGCAGUGUCCAACUUUUCACCACCCUCCCAACCAGCGGUCUUGGUGCAUUUGCCGGUAUUAUUAUGACCAGCUUCAACUUCACAACCCUUCAGAGCCAAUUGCUCGCGAUGGUUCUAGGUGCCUACAUCAUCGUCGUCUUGUUGACCUCUGCGUGGCUCGUUAAGAAGUAUAAGCAGAAUCUUCUUGUUAUGCUGGGCUUUGUCAUUCCAUCUUAUAUCGGAACCAUUGUCCUUAUGACAGUCCCGAACACGACUCUGGCAACCAAGGCUGGCUUGCUUUUCAGUUACUAUAUCACGCUUUCUUUCUGGUCUGCGCAGACUCUCACUUUGUCUAUGGUCUCUCGCAAUAUCGCUGGCCAGACCAAGAAGGCUACCGUGGUUGCUAUGACAUUUAUCUCCUGGGCCGCUGGAAAUGCGAUUGGUCCUCAGGUCUUCCUUGACUGGGACGCCCCGCGGUAUCACAUUGCCUGGAGUGUCCAUCUGGCCUGCUAUGCCUGCAUGACUGCUGCGGUGAUUUUCCUGCGAUUCUACCUUAUCAGGCAGAACAAGAAGAAGGAUGAGGCUCUUGCCGCCCAGGGGCUGUCUGCAUCCGACCCAAAUCUCAUUCAUGCCUUUGAGGAUAAGACGGACCAGGAGAACAGCAACUUCCGUUACGUGUUCUAG